AACCGAUGCCUCGUUUCUGCGUAGGACGAUCCGGAUCUGCAUAAACGUAAGCAGCGAUUCGGCCGCCGUUCGUUUAUAAGCCCCUUCAUGAGAAGUAGUGACCACCGCGACGAGCGUCUGGAGUUAAUAACAUAGGGAGAAGGAAGUCACGCGAUUGAGGGUGCGAAUACAUACAUGGUUACUAAAGCACACAGACGGGUAGGAUCGUGUUCUCAUUAAAUGUACCGCUCAUGCAGUUGCUCGGUGAGCUAACAGCAACGACUGGAGCAUGGCUGACGAGGAAUCUGACAUAUCUAAAAGGGACGAUACCCUAGGGGACAGCAACGCCGACAGCAAAGUGCCAGACGAAACCCAAUGCGACGACGUCGGAGAUAAUGCUAUCGAUAAAACUCCGAUUACGACAACUACGAAGAACGCUUUAAUAACGACGCAGGUGGGACCGUGCGAGGCUUAUCCACACCCUGUCAAAGUUUCGAUCGUGGGUACAAGAAAAGUUGGAAUGGCUUGCGCUAUCGCAAUUCUAAUGAGACGGAUAGCAAGUGAGGUCUGUCUGAUCGAUCAAAACUUGGACAAGGCUUCUGCAGAAGCCGAGGACAUUCAACACGCUGGUAUCUUUUUGGGAUGCCCGCUGGUGAUUGGCACAUCAGAUGUCUAUAAGGUGAAAGACUCGACAGUAGUGGUAAUCGCGGUUUGUGAAAAGAAAGCCGAGGAGGAAUUGAACGUGAAGCACAACAUCGAGGUGUUUAAGAAGAUCGUUCCAACAAUCGCAAAGUUGGCCUGUAAGGCAGUGUUACUAGUUGUAACUCAACCGAUCGACGUGAUGUCGUACAUCACCUGGAAGUUGUCCAAGUUUCCCUCCAGCAGAGUGCUUGGCACGGGGACUCUGCUCGAUAGCUGCAGGUUUCAGGAUUUACUGAGUCGGAAGUUGGGACUGGCGCGCACGUCGAUCAGCUGCAUGAGUAUCGGCGCGCAGGGCGACACAUCUGUUUCUGUAUGGUCGAGCGUUCACGUCGCGGGUACGAAGAUACGCGACAUAAACCCACGAAUGGGUGAGGCGGAUGAUCCCGAGAAGUGGCGUGACAUUUCCGAAGCUGUAAAUAAAACCGACACGGAGCUUAAUCGGAAGAAGGGCGAGAGAGGGCCGAGCUGCUGGGCUCUCGGGAUCUGCACUGCUGAGAUCGUCGAUGCCAUCGUCAGGAAUACCAAAGCUAUAUUGCCAGUGUCGACGUACAUACACAGUUGCGCCCACGGGACCGAUAAAGAUGUGUAUAUGUCGGUACCCUGUGUCCUCGGUCGGGAAGGUGUAUACGCCACGGUGCGGCAGAAGCUGAACGAUCAGGAAAAGACAGCGGUACAACGGUGCGCCGACAGCAUCCGCGGUGUGCUGCGUGAGUGCGGCAUUCUUCGCGAGUCGAGCGACAUUGAAGAGUGACGACCGGCUGAGGAAGAGAGGAGAGCGAGAAACGUAAAGGACCUCGCGAACGGAUGCGAAUGGAUACGCGGCGCGGAAAUAGCGAGGAAGAGGAAAGGGGGGGGGAGAGAGAAACGGGGAGAAGGAGCGACAUCCUAGAAUGCAUCUUCAUCAAUAAAGGCGAUGCCUUGCACCUGGCAACCGGUUUCCGCGUGCGUACAUUCGAUCGCCGUAAUAAACGAUAUAUGAGUGAAACUUAACUUCCUGGAAAAUUAAACCAGCCGCGCGUUCUUCUAAGAUUGCUUGCGAACGGUACAUGCAACUCGCGCUACAAUGUUCCACGCGUGCGGAGCUUAUUACCGUUUCUUUUUUGCUCGAUCGAAUUUUGAUUUACGCAGUCGAACGAUGUACGGUGGAAAGGUGAAAGGGCGGAUGAAAAUGCACUCUCCAUUGCGUGCGAGGCGAGUAUACGGUUGAGAGCUGCGGCUAAAGAAGAUUGGAUAAUUUAAACUACAACCUUUGUUUUUACAUUAGCUUUAAAUCUUGUUGUA